CUUGUGCCAGUCCGUUUUGAUCGCGUUAUUACGGUAACGACACCCGGAAAUGCGCGAAUAUUCAGAUAUUCUUACGUUUGUACAAGUAUGAUACAAAAAUCCGCGUUGCUCGCAUGCAGUGUUACAUUAUAACCGGCACCGCAGUAUCUCCGCGUUGAAUGCCGAAACGCGUUCUGUGGAUGUAACCGUCUCCGUAGAAACACGGAGCGUAGUCUUUUGUGACAUUGUUGUCGCCGCCGCUAUCCCACGUGUUGCAGAAGAGACAAAUACAUUGCAGAAUCCCGCCACCGAGCGAGCUGCAUCUACAGCUUGAAAUCAUCGCUGUCACUGCAAGAUAUUACGACCCUGUAGUCUUUACAGUUCACAUCUCCCAUUCCUUCCAAAGGCUAUACAAUGAGCGAAUACUUCUCGCUGUCGGAGUGUGAUGUAAUUGGCUUUGAUCUGGACCACACGCUCUGUCGAUACAAUUUGAAGGAGACCUCCAGGCUGAUCUAUGAGAGUUUUGCACGGUAUCUCGUGGAACACAAGGGCUAUGAUAAAGAUCUGCUUCAUUUAACACCUGCUACUUGGGAUUUCUGUUUUAAAGGUCUUGUGGUGGACCUAGAAGAGGGCAACCUGGUCAAGUUGGCAGAGGACGGUACUGUUUUGCGAGCAACUCAUGGCACUAAAAACCUUAGUACUGACGACAUCAUAAAGCGUUAUGGUCCAAAAAGAGAAUGGAAGCAUUUUAAUAGCCUCAAUACCUCGUAUACACGAUCUGCAAAAUACUAUUUUUAUGACAACUAUUUUGACCUCCCUGGUGCUCUUCUCUGUGCCAGAGUGGUGGAUAUGUUGAAUAAGCGAGGAGCUGAAAUCACAUCUGACGUUUGGAAAGACAUUGUUGCUGCCAUUGACCACAACUACAACACUUCUGCAUUUCGGGAUGACACAGGGACGUAUUUCCCCAGUGUGAAGCACUGUCCUGGCCUUUACCUGCAGCCCUGCUCAGAUGCGGUGAAGAGAUGGUUGAGGAGCAUGAAGAACAGCGGUAAAGUCCUGCUGCUCAUCACCAGCUCACACUCUGACUACUGCCGGCUCGUGUGUGAGCACAUACUCGGAUCGGACUUUGAGGAGCUGUUUGACAUCAUUAUCACUAAUGCCCUGAAGCCUGGAUUCUUCUCUUUGGUUCCACAGCAGAGACCUUUCAGAACGCUGGUGGAUGAUGUUGAAGAUAGUGAAGGACUGCCAUCUCUAGAAAAGCCUGGUUGGUAUUCUCAGGGCAACUGGCCUCAUCUACACGAACUACUGAAGACCAUGACCAACAAAGCAGAGCCCAAGGUGGUGUAUUUUGGAGACAGCAUGCGCUCGGACAUGUUCCCGGCCUGCAGCUUUGGAAAGUGGGAGACAGUGAUGAUUGUGGAGGAGAUGGAGGGAGAGGGCGUUCCACGUGCUAACUCUACCCCCAGUAACAGCCCCACCCCGGGUGAAGGCCCGGCAGAGAAAAAGGGCAAGUUUGAGGAUCAAGGAAUGAAAUCUCCCUCAGCUGUAUCAAACCAGUGGGGCUCAUAUUUUGUGGAUGUGCAAAAGAAUGAAGGAGAGGAAACACAGAGGCUCACCUGGUGUUGCCACAGUAUCCACACAUACAGCACCAUGGCUAUACCCAGCAUUGAGGCUAUAGCAGAUCUUCCUCUAGACUUUAAGUUCCAGAGAUUCUCUUCGGAUAAGCCCAUCACGACAGGUUAUUACCCCAGACCUCCAGACUCGCUGCUGAAAUGGGAAGAGAACUAGCCCCGAACCCUCAGGCCUGUCAGCAUAGACCAAGAGAUUGUUUCACCAUUACGCUCUGGAGCUUCACCACAGAGCUAGACCAUCCAUUCGUCCAAUCAGUGAUAAAGCUGUGUGAAUGUAACUCCCAGAGCACUGUCUGUGUAUUUUCUUCUCACCCCUUCCUGAAUCACUACAGCAUACACCAUAUGAAGUCGUGUCUGUACACAUGCUGAAUAUAUGUACAUUGAUCAUUGGAUGUAGGAGGAAGUCACAGUGUAUCGUGUCUCACCCAGCAUUGUGGACCCUACUUUUAAUGGUGUACAGAGAAAAAAAAAAAAAAACAUAGCUUUCCCAUGAGCUGUGUGUAUUAAAAUUGUUAUUUUUUUUGUUCUGUUUUUAUGAAGGGAAUGUUAUAUGACCUCAGAGGAUUUGUUCUUGCAGCUGUUGUAAAUGCUUUCUGAGGAAAGCAAGCACACAUUAUAUUGAAUAUUCAUGCAAUCAAAAAACAGCCAUGAGUUCUUUGUUCUAUUUAUGAUUGGUUGAUGUUUUGAGAGGGUUGUAACCUGCAGGUUUUGUAGCUGGUUCAGAUCUGGGCCGGUUUAUUAUGGAAUAAUGUAGUUUGUUUUACUUUCCAUCAUUUGAUUAUGAUUCGGGUACUUUAGUUUACGUUUCUGUGACAAAUGGAGAAAUGGACGUCAUACUUCCAAGCGCCAGUAAUAAAAGGAAUAGUUUACCCAAAGCUAAAAGAUUUUUGGUAUUUAUUCACCAUCGUGUUGUUCCAAACCAUGGAGCUGUUGAUGGAACAUAAAGGCUUUGCUGAAGAAUCUUCAUGCAGCUCUUUCCAUACAGCAACAGUUUAAAGUUUGUAAGAAGGACAGAAAUAAAAGCACCGGAAACUAGUCUAUAUGACUCGUGUGCUACAUUUCAAGUCUUCUGAUGCCACAAGAAGAACCUGUGUUGUAAUUUACUGACCAUUUUUUCCUCCAGUUAACUUAUAGAGCCCUUGCAUCAGUUCACUGAUUUAGUCAGCUGAACAGAAGAACUGGAUCAUUGAAUUAAUUGGUAUUUUAAGGUGGUUAUUUUCUCGUUGAUCUAGUAAAUGACGUGUUUACAGUCAGACUGAUUUGUUUAACUUGCAGACUUGAUGAUCCAGUUACAGCAGUUCUCAGGUUAACAGCUCACUGAUGGAAAAAUUUAUCAGUGAAAAAAGACUCACAUUUUGGUCUGUUCCUCACAUCGGAAGACAUGAAAUAUAGUAAACAAGUCCUACACUCUUCAAAAUAAAGGUGCUUCACGAUGCCAUAGAAGAACCUUUUUGUCUGAAUGGUUCCAUAAAGAACCUUCAACAUCUGCUUUGUGGCGAAAGAUGGUUCAAGGAUGAUAGAAAGUCAUUCAAGUUUGGAACAACACAAGGUGAGAAAAGAAUGAAUUUUCAUUUAGUGGUGAACUAUUACUUGUAAAUGCCUUUCGUUUCAGGUCUUCAUUGUAAUUGAAUGAAGAGGGAUGAUUUUUUUUCUGUGUAUGUAAUGUUGUAGUAACAUACUGUGUAAAAACAAAUAUUGUGCUGUUGGGUGAUAGUCAAUGUAAACAGUCAGUUUCUGUCGUGCGCAGAACCGGUGUUUAAUGGUGCCAAGCUUUUAAAUCACCCAUUUAGUGAUUUUAUGUGUCGGGGCACAUCUCUCACUUAAAACCUGUUAUUUGCUUCAUGUGUGUGCUGGCCCUGAGCUUUAAUAAUGAUUUGUUUAAAGCAAUGUAAGUGGAAUUGAUGUUUUUAUGUUGAGUGCUCUGAUGAGGUUUUUGCAGUGGUAGGCUGUAAUGGAUUUUACAUUAAAAAAAUGGUACAGUGUUAAAUCACACUGCAUGAUAACGGUUUUACAGAGAUGCCCAAAACGGAGUAUUAAGAGACACUAGGCAGCUUCAUCAUGGGUGCAGAAGUGUGGAAACCCUCAUCAUAAGCAUGACCUACUUUUCUGAAAUAAAAAAGAAAAUUGUCUCCUCUUCUGUAUGUCGUGAGUAGCACUAGUGCUUGUUUAUUGAGGUGCAGGGAAAGUGUUCAUAUGUGCAGAUAAAAUAAAAAAUGAAAAAGUGCAA